AUGAUUUANGGAGCUAUUGAUGAUGUUGAUGUUAUUCUUGAAACACUCAAAGAUUGUGGCUAUUCACAAGAUAGGUUUUACAUCCAUUGUGAUGCUGCACUAUGUGGUCUUAUGACCCCUUUUAUUAACAAUAUGAUUAGUUUCAAGAAGCCAAUUGGAAGUGUCACAAUUUCUGGUCACAAGUUCUUGGGAUGCCCAAUGCCUUGUGGUGUCCAAAUAACAAGAAAAAGCUACAUCAAUAAUCUCUCAACAAAUGUGGAGUACAUUGCUUCUGUGGAUGCCACUAUUUCUGGUAGUCGUAACGGUUUAACUCCAAUUUUCUUAUGGUAUAGCUUGAGCGCAAAAGGUCAAAUUGGCCUGCAAAAGGAUGUUAAAAAAUGUCUUGACAAUGCCAAAUAUUUGAAAGAUCGUCUUCAACAAGAAGGAAUAAGUGUCAUGUUAAAUGAGCUUAGCAUCAUAGUUGUACUUGAAAGGCCUCGUGAUCAUGAAUUUGUCCGUCGAUGGCAACUUUCAUGUGUCAAAGAUAUGGCACAUGUUAUUGUUAUGCCAGGCAUCACACGAGAAAUGCUUGAUAAUUUCAUCAGUGAAUUAGUGCAACAAAGAAAACAAUGGUACCAAGGUGGGAAAGCAGAGGCUCCUUGUGUUGCAGAUGGCAUUGGUGCUCAAAAUUGUGCAUGCUCUUAUCAUAAGAUUGACUACAUUAGUUAGUUCUUAGAAGGCAAAGAAAACGAGAGGUGGCCUUUGUUGCUGUUAAUAUGCCUUUCAUAGAGUUGGCACUUCUUGCUGUUAUUUAUUCAUCCUUUUGUUACAACAUUGAAAUUGAAUUGUAUACAUGAAACAUUUUUUAAAUUAUAAAGUUUUAACACUCUUUUAUGAUAUUAUUUGAAUA